CUUUUCUCUCUCCUCCUAUACUCCACCCCUCCACUUUUUCUGCCAUAAACUUCCGAACGCCACAUUGCUGCCACAGACCCUUCUUUCAUCUAAAACCAGAGCAACAGGAUUGAACCCCAAUACUCUACAUCUACAGUUAAGCCUCCGUAUCCACUGGCAACCGGAUCACCUCCUUCAUCACCACAACAACUAGCACUCCUUCCUCCCCACUUCACAGUUCUUCUGUCCUUCCUUUCUCUCUCCUCUCUCUGCCCACCACCCCUCGGCAUGGAGAAGGUGCAGCACAUCACGCGGGCGGCCAUUCGGCGGGCGUCCCUCAUGGAGGUUCCCCAGCAGGCCAAGCAAAACACGCAGGAGCUCUUCGUCAACUUCUGCCUCAUCCUCAUCUGCCUGCUGCUCAUCUACAUCAUUGUCUUGCUAAUCUCCUUCCACGGGAUGUAAGAGACCAGCGUGAUGUAACCUGCUCAUCCUCCUUUUCACUGGGAAACAAGAACCACCUCCACUUGGGCUACACGACACCACAGCUGAACCCGAACAACCCUGCAAAUCUCCAGCCCAUCAAUAUGGAUCUGAUCAAUAACCGAGGACUAAACCUGCUGCUCAACUUCCUGCUUAUAGUAGUGGCUCUACUGCUCAUGCUCAUUCUGGUCAAGCUCAUGUGAUGCAAAAAUGGCCAGAAAAAAAAAAAAAAAAAAAAAGGGUAUGAGAGAGACGUAUGUUUCAGAGACUCCUACUCUAUCUACCUCCAAAACCAUUUUAAAGAUGCCUUACAUGACAUUAGACUGACUUCCACACCAGACAGGCCUGUGCAAAAUGAUUGACAGGCAGAGAACGUUUCUGAUUGGCUAGUUUCUGAUGUAGUUCCCUAUUUCACUAUGUGCUUUCCACUGUCACAGAGACUUUUAUUAUAUUACAUUUAUGCAUUUAGUAGUGUUAAAAAUGAUCAGUUACAACACUGUUAACCUACAAUACACGCUUUGCUCGAGCUCAAUGGAGGAGUAAGGUAAAUACUAAAAACUGAUUUCCACCACAUUAAUCUCAAAUAUGUAAAACAUUCUAUAAAAUUAAAAAAUGCUGCUAAAUUUUAGUUCAAAAUAAAGUGAAGCUUUAAAAGUGAUAGGAAGUAGAUGCAUGUUUUGCUUCCCUCUAGUGGUUGCUGCCUCUUACUGCAUUCAAAAAUAACAACACAAUCCCAUAACAAUAGGAUUUACCUCAAAAUGAGAUUCUUUUUUUUUUGUGAACAACAGGUUUGGAUUUAAGAACAUUGUUAAAUGAAGUACAGUGGAAAAUAUAGGUGAGCUUUCAAAUCACACAACACCACUGACGGUAUACUUACAAAUACAACAUGCAUUUUUUCCGGCAAUAAAAGCUGUAGAUAUGCAUUCCUUAUAAGAUGUGUUUCAUAAACUGAAGGACACAGUUAUCGUUUUAAUACGAAUACGCACUGGUCUGCCUAUAAUAUAAUCCAAAAAUGUAAUCUUUAUACAUUAUUUAUACAAUCACUGUGUUGUUGUUAAUAUCUGUGUGAAUAGAUUUAUGAACUAAUACUAAUAAAUUGGAAGGAAUUACUGUGCAGUGCAGGCAUUUUGGACAAAUAAAGCAAGCACUGCAAAUAAAACACUUGCACUGAUAA